AUGGAAACAAAUGUCUUAAUUCCGCAUAAUUUUGCUCCAAGUCCUGAUUUUAAAUGGUUAUGCCAGGAAUUGUUUCUAAAGAUUGAUCAAAUUAAAUUAUCAAAGGAUAAAUCUCAUAUUAGACAGAGAUAUAGGGAUGUAAUAACUAGAUUUGUCAAACUUUGGAGAACUACUGUCGGCUCAGAUUUUUAUCCUGUGUUAAUUUUGGCCUUGCCACAACGUGAUAGAAGGGUAUUUCAAAUUAAAGACGUCACUUUGAUUAAAGCUGUGUGUACUACUUUACACCUAGAUUUAAAAUCUUCUACAGCACAGAAAUUAUUAGAUUGGAAAUCUCAUAUUGAUCCAAAUAAUAAGGAUCAAAAUAGAUUAGCUUCAAUGUGUGUUGCAGAAAUUGCAAAGAGAAGAAAAGAACCUGAAAUUAACAGACGCAACAGAGUAACAUUGGAUUUAGCUAACCAGUGGUUGGAUCAGUUAGCUCAACAACGUGCGGAAAGAAAAAAUGGUGGUAGUGUGGAGUCCUUGGUGCACUCCCCACUCUGGAAAGAUAUAAUGAAUAAAUUAUCAUAUUUGGAAUUAAAAUAUUUUUUUGAGAUUAUACUGAAAACUAAAAUAUUGAGAUCACAAGAAAAUACAUUAUUAUAUAUAUGGCAUCCUGAUGCAAGAGAUUACCUAAGUGUGACAUCAGAUUUAUAUUCUGUUACUCAAAAAUUAUUUGAUCCUACCAAAAGAUUGCCAAAUGAAGAAAUCUCUCUGCAACUAAAUUCACCAUUCUAUCCCCAACUAGCUAAAAGAAUAAUAUCGAAAUCUUAUAACAAAAUUUUAAAUAAAAUUACCACCAAAAAUAAUUGUGCAACAUUUUAUAUAGAAGAAAAAAUGGAUGGUGAAAGAAUACAAAUUCAUUAUUCCAAUUGGGGUCAUUCAAUCAAAUAUUUUUCUCGUAGAGGUGCAGACUAUACUUAUUUAUAUGGUUCAGAUUUUAAUAACGGAUCAAUAUCACCAUAUUUAAAAUUUAAUUCUAAAGUAGAAAAUUUUAUCUUAGAUGGUGAAAUGAUAUCCUUUGAUAAAGAGAACAAUAAAAUUCUACCAUUUGGUAUGGUUAAGACUAUAGCUAAAAACACACUAGACUCAAAUAAAGAAUCUUCUUCUCAACACGGGUUUAUUAUUGAAACAAACUCAUUUCAUCCAUUAUAUAUGAUAUUUGAUAUCUUAUAUUUGAAUACUAUCUCUUUGAUAAAUUUCCCGCUUUGGCAAAGAAAGCAAUAUCUAAAUCAACUCUUUCAACAUAGUAAUAAUAACACUAUUUGCGAUAGAGUUAAAAUUCUUCCAAAUAUAGAAUGUCAAAAUGAAGACGAUAUCAAAAAAAAUCUAUCGUUAGCAAUUAAAGCCAAUUCAGAAGGGAUAAUAUUAAAAAACCCACAAUCUAAAUAUAUCCCAGCUUCAAGAAACGAUUCGUGGAUUAAAAUAAAGCCGGAGUAUUUAGACCAAUUUGGUGAAAACUUAGAUUUGAUAGUUAUGGGAAGGGAUUCAGCUAUAAAGGAUUCUUAUAUGUGUGGAAUUGCUACAAAUAAAUUCAUUGAAAUAGAUACAACGCCACUUAAAAAUAAAACUUCAUUAAAUGAAGAUCAUGAUGAUUCUAAUGAAACAGAUGCUGAAAUUGACGAUACCAUUAAACACAAAAUUGUUGGAUUUGCUUCGUUCUGUUCUAUUGCUAAUGGGAUAUCCAAAAAUGAAUCACAAGAGAUUCAAAAAUUGACAAAAGGCAAAUGGCAUAAUUUUAGGGAUUCACCACCUCCUUUUCAUACCUUUGGAGAUAAUCGUCUAUUUCUAAAAUUUGAAUCUAGAAAACCACGUGAAUGGAUCUACCCCGAAGAUUCAAUAAUUCUUGAGGUCAAAGCUAGAUCAAUAGACAAUACCGAGUCUCGAAUGAACAAAUAUGCUACUGGAUGUACCUUAUAUGGAGGAUAUUGCAAAGCAAUACGACAGGAUAAAGAUUGGACUAGUUGUUAUACAAUGGAUCAAUUUAAAAGAGAUAGAUUAUUCAAAUCAGAUCAUGUAACAAAUAAUAAUGUUAUGUAUUCUCAAUCUUCAAAUACUAGAGAUGCUGCUUCUAAGCGGAGAAGAAUACCUCCGCAUUUUUUAAUGGAAAAUAAAAAGUUAGAGAAUGAUACAGACAUCAUUUCCUGUAUCUUUCAAGGACUAAAUUUUUAUAUUAUAUCUGACUAUUUUAAUCCAUUCAGUAAAAACCGCAUUACUAAAGAAGAUUUAUUAAAAUUAGUUAUUGCAAAUGGUGGAUCUAUUGUUUAUAAUAUAAUGACAAGCAGAGAAAAGUUAUAUCAAUUAAGAAUCAUUAGUGAUAUAUACAAUAUCGAAUGUCGAACUUUGAUUGAAAGAGGCUAUGAUAUUUUAAGUCCUAAAUGGAUACUUAAUUGUGUUCAAUACAAGACAUCAUUACCAUUAGAGCCUGUCUAUUGUUUUAAUGUCUCAGAAGAAUUGAUGGAAUUAGCAAAGACAAGAAUCGAUCAAUAUGGUGACAGUUAUCAAACACUGAUAGAUGAACCAAAAUUAAAGCAAAUAAUUGAAACAAAUUUGUAUUCUCAAGAAAAAUCAACAAAUAAAAUAGAUUUGGAUAAUGAAUUGAAAUGUAUUCCAGUUUUCUUUUUUUUUGGUAAAAAGUUCUAUGUUCCUGUAUGGUGCCAACAAUAUGAUCCGUUAGUAUAUAAUUUAUUGCUUCGGAAAAUUAUAUUAUAUGGUGGUUCACUUACAUAUAAUCUCAAUGAUUGUAGUAUAAUAGUAAUAAUAAUGCCUGUAUCACUAAAAACCUCCUCUAUUGUGUCAUUCAAAGAAAAUAUCAUGAAAAUCCGUUCCCAUAUAGCAAAUAUUAUAAAUUCAAGCCCCAAAUCAAUUAAAAAUAUUCCCUAUAUUGUAUCCGCCAAAUGGAUUGAUAAAUCUAUUGAGGAAGGAAUUCAAGUACCAGAAGAAUUGUAUCCUGUACCCGAACAAUUGAUAAAUUAA